AGCUCGUGACAGUUUCAUUCUCCACGAGCCGCUCAGACGAGCCGCACGCGCGCCCCGGUCCAGCUCCGGUAGAACUCACCUCCGGUAAAAAGAAAAGAACCUCAGCUCCGGUGUAACAAGUCCGCUCCGGAGAAACCCGAACCUACUGCCGAGGAGCCACUGAGCCAGCAACCAUGGAGGCCAUCAAGAAGAAGAUGCAGAUGCUGAAGCUGGACAAGGAGAACGCCAUCGACCGAGCAGAGCAGGCGGAGGGAGACAAGAAGGGAGCGGAGGACAAAUGCAAACAGCUGGAGGAGGAGCUGCUGGGUCUGCAGAAGAAGCUGAAGGGCGUCGAGGAUGAGUUGGACAAAUACUCUGAGUCGCUGAAGGACGCCCAGGAGAAGCUGGAGCAGGCCGAGAAGAAGGCAGCAGACGCGGAGGCGGAGGUGGCGUCUCUCAACAGACGCAUCCAGCUGGUGGAGGAGGAGCUGGACCGAGCUCAGGAGCGACUGGCCACCGCUCUGCAGAAGCUGGAGGAGGCGGAGAAAGCUGCAGACGAGAGCGAGAGAGGAAUGAAGGUCAUCGAGAACCGAGCGUCCAAAGACGAGGAGAAGAUGGAGAUCCAGGAGAUGCAGCUGAAGGAGGCCAAGCACAUCGCGGAGGAGGCCGACCGCAAGUAUGAGGAGGUGGCUCGGAAGCUGGUGAUCCUGGAGGGCGACCUGGAGCGGUCCGAGGAGCGGGCGGAGGUGGCCGAGGCUAAAUCAGGCGACCUUGAGGAAGAGUUGAAAAAUGUCACCAACAACUUGAAGUCGCUGGAAGCGCAGGCUGAGAAGUACUCGCAAAAGGAGGAUAAAUACGAAGAGGAAAUCAAAGUUCUUACUGACAAACUGAAAGAGGCUGAGACUCGUGCAGAGUUUGCAGAGAGAUCUGUGGCCAAGCUGGAGAAGACCAUCGACGAUCUGGAAGAGAAACUGGCCCAGGCCAAAGAGGAGAACCUGGACAUGCACCAGGUUCUGGACCAAACUCUUCUGGAGCUCAACAACCUCUAAGGACCUCUGCAGAGCCGAGCGAGGAGUCACUGCAACGAGUAAUCAAGACAAAGUCAUUGAAAAAGAGAAGGUUUCAUUUGCUCCCAGCAGACACACUUCACACUGAGGACUGAGGUUCACACACGUUAUUUGAAACACUACUUCUUUGUUUAUUCAUCUGUGCACAUUAUUCCAACAUGAAUGUUUUAUCAAAUGAGAUGUUUUUCUGUUUAAAUUUAAAGUUUCUGUUUGCUUGUAUUUUAAAGUUCAGCCGAACCUGCCGGCUCCUCCUGAACGUGAUGUGACCACAGGCUGUAAAGAAAGAUGGAGGAAUUCCUCCUUGUGGACAAAAGUGAAGCUAAAUUAUCUCGGAUAUGAAAAGGGCCAUCUUGAAUUUUUGACAAUUGGCAGUCUUGGCAGAAGUGAUGGUGGGGUGGAGCCAUGGUAUCAAGGUGCCGCCCAUAUACGCUAUCGACCAAUCAGGAGUCAGUCUCAGCCUGUUUCUUUAUCAUCAAAUAACUGAUUCAAACCAAACUGAUCAGAAACUUGAACAAACAUCAGAGAAAGAAGAACGACCUGAAACGACAGAAACAUCUUUACAAACAUUAAUCUAACGUUUACUUUGAUCGUUAGAGUGUGGACCGUGUCCCAUGUGCUAACAUGGAGGAGGAGGUUUGUGACCUAUACUGCAACCUGCCACCAGGGGGCGUUCCUGAUUAUUUGGCUUCACUUUUGAUAGCUGUCUUGUCCAUCUUUAUUUACAGUCUGUCUACGUGACAGACUUCAGUGACUGUUUGUGAUUAUUAAUAAAUCUGUUUCCUGUUUGGAAAAAUAUACACUGCAGUAAAUCGUCACCAUAGCAACGGCAGAACACACUCAUUCAUAUUUAUUUGUUCUAGCAGGUUUUGGGCAUAUCAGAUCAAAAUGCUCUUAUUUUGAUAGGUAAUAACAAUUGGCAUAGGAAAUGAAUCCCUUCACUUUAUUUAGAAUCAUUUUAACUCUGACGUACUUUAUGAAGAAAAGCAUUAGAUUAUUAAUAAUGAGUGUGGGGCUGAAAACAUGAAACAUAAAGUGCUGGGAGCUGAUUUCAAAGGCUUUAUGUAUGUAAACAAAAUAAACAUCAUAAUUCUAAGAUA